UCCGAGGAGAACAUCGGCGCGAGCCAGGCUCAGUCCGGGGCGCAUCGAUCAAUAAAUAACACGAUGACGACGAGGAUCUGGACGCUGUUGGCUGCGGCAGCUGUAGUCAUGGUGACGAUCGUUGACGAGGGAAUCUGCAAGACGCUCAGCCCGGCCGAAGGAUCGCACGUGGUACAAAUUGGUCAGAAGUUAGCAAACGGAAAGAUCGAACCGGUUUGCGGUGGUUCCUACAUCGGCAAAAAUGUUGUGGUUCUAGGAGCUCACUGCUUCAAUCGAAAUGGCAAUUCUCCAGACACGGUUCGCUUCCGAAAUGCUUACGGAGGAAGCACCGAUCUCCGCAUCUCCAACUUUACCCUACACUAUCGCUACAAGCCCCAAUUUGAUUACCACAACAUGGCGGUCGCGUUCCUCGAUCGUGACCCAAGGACCGCGAUCAACACCGUUAAACCUGCCUGCGUACUUAAGCCACACAUCAAGGGCAACAAAUCGGUGCAACUGAUCGGACUUAUCGGCAACCAGCUGGACAGAGCGGAUUUACAGACAGUUUCGUCCGAAAAGUGUCACGAGUACUACAACCCAAACCGGAAGUUGCGAUUCGGAGUUCUUCUGUGCUGUUUCUGCGCAAGAAAUGCCAACCUUAAGAAUUGCACGGAUCAACACAGCGCACCGCUGCAGGCGAUCGUCGCGCGCUCUGGCAAGCAGGUUCCGUUCCUAAUCGGGCACAAGUCGAUUGGGCGAUCGUGCGGAACGAACACUCCGGCCGUGUACACCCGGUACGGUUCGUACUACGAGUGGCUUGAAACUGUAACCGGGAUCAGUUUGGAUGAGAAAGAUUGCAUCAACCGAUACUGAUUUCACUCAAGGAUUCUCACGGGUAAAAUGUGAACGUUUAUUCAGGUAUAAAUAGUCUUACUAAGAGCUUUGGUAUUUUGGUCAAUAAAUUAAAGAAAUAAUUUAAAACUUAUUUAUUAAAAGUCCGGUG